GGGACUUUCACGCGUCGACUACUCACCUUUGCAACCACUUACACCACCACCACCACCAACAUAGAGUCAUGCCCCGCGCAAUCAUAUCUCCUUCAGUCCUUGCCUCUGACUUCGGGCAGCUCAGUGCGGAAUGCAAGAGAAUGAUUAAAGGCGGAGCGGAAUGGCUGCACAUGGACGUCAUGGACGGCCACUUCGUGCCCAAUAUCUCGAUGGGUGCACCAAUUCUGUCUUGCGUCUAUAAAGGCGUCCCGGGCAUAUUCAUGGAUUGCCAUAUGAUGGUUGCACAGCCCGAGAAAUGGGUUAACGACAUUGCAGACGCAGGAGGCUCGCUGUAUUGUUUCCAUAUCGAGGCCACGUCCGAUGCUAUUUCACUUAUCAACGCCAUACAUGCGCGGAACAUGAAAGCAGGGGUGGCUAUUUCCCCGGACACGCCAUCCACGGCCAUCACAGAUGAAAUAGGCGCAGCAGCGGAUAUGCUCUUGGUUAUGACCGUUUACCCUGGACGCGGUGGUCAAAAAUUCAUCGAGUGGUGUGUACCGAAGGUUGCGGAACUGCGCGCACGCUUCCCAGAAAAGGACAUCGAGGUCGAUGGCGGUGUUGGACCCAAGACAAUCGAUAUCUGUGCCGAUGCAGGCAGCAACGUCAUCGUGGCAGGAACUGCCAUUUUCAAUGCGCCAAACCCGGAGGACGUCAUCACUUCACUGAAAGCUACCGUUAAUACCGCUCAAGCGAGGUUCUCGAAGUAGAUAGUAAAGGUAUUAAACUGCUGAUCGCACAAUAUGUAUUGAGUAAUUAGACUUUACGGAUUCAUGUCC